AUGGAUCCUAAAGAGCUACAAGAAGAGAACGAACGAUACAAGGAUGCUUUCGCCAAGAUGGAACGGCAAUGGAGAGAUGCAACAAUGGCACUCAAAUCAAGCAAGAAUAAUGAAAAACUGGUUGAAAUGAGUAACAAAGUCAAAACCAUGAAUAUUAAGCUUAUAAACCUCAGGAAGGAAAAUCAAAAGAUGAAGGAGAAGAUGAAGUUCAAGAUGUACAAACCACCCCCUGCUGAGUCUGAAGGCUCUGAACCUCUGGAGAGCCCCAAGUUCAAUGAUGAGCUUGAUGAGAAAAUUCAAUUCUUAAAAGAUCAAAUGAAGGAGAAAAAUGGUCAGCUUAACCAGUAUAAGGAGAUUAUUGACUCUAAUUACCAAAGUGAAGAUGGUGGUUCCUCAGAUAGAAUUAGCUCAAUCCUCAGACAAAAGGAUCUUGAGAUCCAACGACUGACCAGAGAGAGGAAUAACGCUCUUGAGAAAUUCGAGCAGGUUAAGAACCAGAUCCCUGGAAGUACAGAAUUUAAACAAAAUGAGCUAAAUAUUGACAAAAUAUCUGCUGCUGAAGAGACUAUUGCAGAACUUCAACAGCAGUUACAAGACCAAGAAGAUUUUUCUAAAUAAAAUGAUCGCUAAUCUUGAAAACAAAUGUAAAAAGUUAGAAAAUCAAAUGAAAUCAUCUCCAGCAAAAGACAGAUUUUUCAUUGAAAAUGAAGAACAGUCCAAGGAAUCUGCUCAAAAUAAAGCCAAGAUCACAGAACUCCAGAGCCAGGCGACAGAACUGAGGAAUAAGUUAAAGAUGUAUGAGAAGCGAAUAUUUGAACUCGAAAACACAAGGAGUAAUACUUUCCUAACUAUUUUAGAAAGAGAAAGCUCUUCCUACAAGCAAGAGCUAGAGAUAGCUAAUCGCAAAAUCCGAGUUCUGGAAGACCAGAACUCUGGUGACGAUAAUGAGAUUAUCUCCCAGCAGAAGGAGCUGAUAGCUGAUCUUUCCAAGAGAGUUAAACUCUUGCAAGAAGAGAUUAACCUUAUAUCAAGGAAGCAUCAUGAGCAGCUGAUGAAGUUGAAAAAUGAUCCUUCAAAGUCUAUCUCUUCACAGAAAUCCCUUCUACCAAGGAUGUCUUCUAAGAAGAAGGAUUCUCGGGUGAACAUGACUGUGGAUUAUGGAGGCCAUAUGCCUCCAUUAGACAGAAGCAGUUCUCAGAUGUCCCAGAAUAGCAUGCAAAAGAAGUCAGUUAAACAGAACUUCUUGCCAAAUUCUGGAGACGAAAAGUUGUUCUCCCUAAAAACAAGCCAGGAUCGUGAACUCAUGAGCAACAUUGAUCAACUCGAGAUUGAAGAUCUCAAGAUCCAGAUGCUCAAAAUGAUGAAAAAGAACGAGCAGUUAGAGAAUAACCUUGGAGCUUUAAAGCAGGAAAUGAGUAGCAAACUGAACCUUCUUAGUAGAGAAAACGAAAAUGCUGAGACAAUCAAAUUUACAUCACCAGUAAUUGCUGACCGGAAUUUUGCUCAAGGAGCUCCUCCAAAGAAGGGAUCUCUAAAUGACCCAAUCAUGGACAAGAAGUUCAAAGAUCUUGAGAAGGAUAAUGAAGAUGCUUAUCAUAGAAUCACUGUUCUUGAGGAAGAACUAAAGGUCCAAGAGCAAUUCUUUAGAGACAAACUUCGAAAACAACAGAAAUCAAACUCCAAAAUGCAGGAAGAUACUUUGAUUACAGAGUCUAAAUUUGUGAACAUUAUGGGGCAGCUCAAUAACGAACAGAGUGAGAUUUAUGCAAAGAAGAAAAAACAGGAGAUGGAUACAAAGGACAUCGUUGAAUCAGCCCAAAGAAAAAUCAAGGAAUUAGAAGAUGAACUUGAGUUCAGAUCAAACCAUUUUAAAACAGAGACUGAAAAACUAAAGUCUCAGAAUAAGAUGCUGAAGGAGACAGCCUCUAUUUCAAGGAAAGAAGGUAAUGAUCUACAGGAGGAACACUCUUUGCGUCCUAAUAAGCAGAAAUAAGGAAUACCAAUUACUGCUAGCAAGAAUUGAUGCUCUUGAAGAAGCCAAUAGAUCAAUCCAGCAGCAACUUCAGCUGAAGGAGACUGAAGUACUCAAAGCACUGAAGCAAGUCAAUGAAUUAACUGAUAAGUUGAAUAACAAGAAGAAAAAGAAGAGGAUUGAAGAACGAAAAGAGCUGAUUUCUCCUUCAAAAGGAUCGCAAAUCUCCUCUGGGAGAUCCGGAAUUCUCAAGAAACAGAAAAGUGAACUUUUUCUCUCCAAAUGGGAGGAUAAUGAGCAUAAUGAUGAUGCCAGGAUCGAACUCCUUAAUGACUUCAUCCACUCAGCAGAGCUAAGGCUUGAUCUUUUUAAGCGGAAGAAUGAGUUCCUAAUCUGAAUUAAUCAGUGAAUCGAGUCUAAUAAUCCCAGCCUUUAUGAGAAAGGUGUGAUUAUUAUUUCAGAUCUUAUUGACAUAGAUGUCAUUAAUAAUGAAGAAAUUUCAUCACUCAAACCAGCUAACAAAGCUAUUAUCUGUCUCCAGCCUAAGAAGAUUAAUGAGGAGUCUCAUUAUGCAAUGGUGAGACAGGUCUCGGCACUAAACUUGCUAUGCAAGCUAGACCAGCUUGAUUAUCAAUUUGAUGAUGAGUGAAUGGAUUCCAUCAAGAAAAACGAUGGAGUUAAUACCGUUGUAUCAUUCCUUGAGCAAAAUCAUCAGCAAGGAUAUAAAGCCCAAGCUUGACAACUUAUGGGUAUGAUGAUAGAGGGCGGAACUUUAGAUGACGAAAUAGAGAAUUUAGAAGUUCCCACAAUAUUGAAGAAAUUAACAUCACAUAAGAACAAUAUCGUUAGGCAGAACGCAGAAGAAGCCUUACAGAUGUUAGAAGGAGAAGAUUCAGAGACUGAACAAGAAAAGUUCACACAAGUAUAA